CAAGCAAGAUGGAGGAAGAAGUCGUGAAGACUGGUGAUUCCAAGCAUUUGGGAAAGAAGGAUGAAAGUGAAGGCAACACCACGCUAAAGGUCCCUUCUGCGGGCGAGAAAAGAAAACUUUCUGAGACUUGUGCAACACCCAAAUUCACCAUUAAACCAAAAAUCUCGAUGAAUAUUUCCGGAUCUCAGCAGAAGAAGACAAUUGGAGUCAGCUUAAAACUGGGAGCCGAUCCAAAAAAACAAAAGACAGAACCAACACUGGUCGAAAAGAAAGGGUCUGUUGCAUCUGCAUUUGAUGAAGAGAGUGAUGAUGAAGAAGAAGAGAUGCCAGCGGAAGCCAAGAUGAGAAUGAGAAAUAUAGGGAGAAACACUCCCACAUCAGCAGGGCCUAAUUCUUAUAACAAAGGAAAUAAAGGAUUUACAGAUCAUCGGAAAGCAGGCGAAAAGAGUUUUAAACUAGAACACCCAUCAAGGUCAAGGGAUGCAAAAGAGUGAAAGGCAAUGAUAUACUACUUUGAACUUCUUUCCAUACAACUUGCAUUGGCCAAUAGGAGGUUUGCCUUUGUAUUUCUUUCUUGUGACAGUUUACUUUCACUAGUGAACCACCUUCAGUUGCUGGUGCAAGGUUGGGUUCAUCCAAUUGUUCAUUUUUUUUUUUUUAAGCAGAAAACAUGGGCAUGUAGAAUAACUUUCGUCGUUAGAGCUGAGGGAUAAUGCUUUGACUGUAUCACGUCUUAAAAUGAGACAAGACUUAACACUCAACUAUGUUUGUUGGAAAGAAAAACACAACAACAGAAACAGUUUGUAAUUAAAAAGUUGAAAAAGAAA